ACAUGAUCAUAUGACAACUACGUCACUCGCCAUCUUGCUGGAUUCAGGAGUAGCACAGGGCUCUUAGCUGCGAAAUUUUAAAAAUCUUUUAAGUUAGAUUAUUUUCUUACCUGCUCAAUAAUAAAAAAUGGCAGAUUACGAUAUGAACGCUCCACCAUACUCUGCAUUCUUUGGAGUUAUGGGUGUAACAUCUGCAAUUUCAUUUUGUGCUUUGGGUGCAGCUUAUGGCACUGCUAAGUCAGGUACAGGAAUCUCAGCUAUGGCAGUCAUGAAGCCAGAACUCAUCAUGAAAUCAGUUAUUCCUGUCGUCAUGGCGGGUAUCAUUGCCAUCUACGGUCUUGUCGUGGCAGUCGUCAUUACACAAGACAUAGUUGCAACAGGCUACACUCUUUACAAGAGCUUCCUUCAUCUGGGUGCAGGACUUAGUGUAGGUCUUAGUGGUAUGGCUGCAGGAUUUGCUAUUGGGAUUGUAGGCGAUGCUGGUGUGAGAGGAACAGCGCAACAACCAAGGCUAUUCGUCGGUAUGAUUCUCAUCCUCAUUUUCGCUGAGGUAUUGGGUCUAUACGGUCUCAUCGUUGCUCUCAUUCUGUCUGUGAAGUAAAUUUCCUGUUCAAUUUACGACAAACUCUCAAUGCUGUGUUGGUUUCUCUAUUAGCUAUUUAAAUAAAAUAAAAACAUGGUGGUAUAUUGAAAAGUUCAAAAAAUUUAACAUGCAUUUAGUGUUUUCUUUUAAGUAAAUAUUGUACAUUUUAAUUUGGUACUUAUUUUUUUUUUUUCAAUUAUGACCAAUUGACUUUGUGCUUAAUAUUUUCUUCUUCUAGUUUAUUUCUUUUGGCAUGUUGUUUAGAAGUAUUGAAAAAAAAGUUUUAGUAACAAAAAUCAAAAGCUACCAUGACUAGUCUGCUUUUGUAUCUUGGAAGUUGUAUUUUAUGUAUUAAGCAAAUAGGCCCUCGGGUAAAGUUUAUAAGUGACACAGGCUUGAUGUGCCAAACCCUGGAUAGAAAACAAAAAAUUUCCACCAUUCUUCUUCCUACGAAAUUGUACAGAUUUUUAAGAUUCCAGUAUCUGUGAUGAAAGUGACUUUUCAUACACGAAUACCAGUUGUCAUUUAUCAUAGUCUCCAUAAGACACCCACACCACGCAAAUAAGUUAUAAAAAAAAAGUAACCUGGUGUUUUGUUUCUAUUUAUGUCCCAUAUAUUACGUCAAUGUAUAACAGGAAGUAAUGUUUAACUGCAUACUCUACAAUUUUCAUGUUAACCAGUUUAUUCGCUAGGUUUUUUUUUUUUUUUUUUUUUUUUUUUUUGACAAAUUUGUAGGCAUGAUAAAGGAUCUUUUUUUUUUUUUUUUUUUUUUCAAAAUGGCAGAGUAAUUUGAUGUUUUACAUAAACAUUAUUACAGAAAUUUAGAUGAAAUUAUUACAUGAACAUUCCAAAAAAAGUGGUAACAAUUUAAUUACAUUUUUUUGAACAAAAAUUUUGCAUUGCAUACUUUUAAUAAGAUGCUGUAUUUUAUUUUUCUUUCUUGUUAAGUACAUUUAAAUCAGUAAAUUAUAACUUUUUUUUUUUUUUUCGGUCGAGUAAUUACAUAACAUUUUUGUUGUAGAUAGCUUCAUGUUCCUUGUACAGUAUAGUUUUAUAGAUAACUUAUCAUUUGAUUGAAUGGCUGUCCAUUUUGUUUGUUGCAUACAUAGAAAUGUAAGGCUGUACUUGCCCCAUACGAGGCCAAUGUGUUCUUGAAUAAAGCCUAGAGUCAAACACUGUCGUGGUUUUGUUUAGUCACUUUGAUGUAUCACUACUUAUCUGGAUGUGUAUUUCCUACCUAGUAAACUUAUCCCCUCCUCUCAUGUUAGUGGUCAAUGUUUAUUGCAACACUGAAUGUGUGGCAUUCUUAGACUGUAUGCGAUUGUGAAUGUUUUUUUUUUUUUUUUUUUGUCUGCAUUCUUUAUGUACUAUGUGAUAUUGAGAUAAUUGGGCCAACUGAUGGUGGGACGACAAAUGUGUUGUAGACCAUCAUACAAAUUGGGAUUGAACAGAACUGUGUAGUUAGUAUUAUUGAUUUUGAUUGUGUAUACAUGGAAUUUUUUUUUUUUUCAUACAGUUAUUAAAAGUAAAUCAUUCA